UCCAGAAAUAAGAGAGCUUUCCAUCUCUAGAGAAUUUCCCAACUUGUGAGUUUGAGUGAAUACGAGCAAGGCUGACUUAGCGCUCUAACGAGACUUGAGUGCUAAGUGCCGCACGGCCAAGAGUUGGUCCGUGACAAGUGGUAUCAGAGCCAAGGUCGUAGCUCAGCAAGUGAGAAAGAACCUCGAGGAGAUGGCUGGAUCCGGAAGCAAAGUUCACAACAAUGAUGAACAACGCGGUCGUGAGGAGAAGAAGGAUCAAAACAACAAGAAGAAUCGUGAUGGAUCAACUCGAGAGCCUUUGGUGGCAAUCGAGGGGAGGCUCAAAAGAGCGGAGGCGAAGAUUGCCAAGCAUACAACCUUGUUCGAAGACAUGGAGUCGAAAUUCGAUCAAGUCAGCGGAGAGGUGCAGACUUCGAAGGACGACAUGCGAGGCAUGAGCACUCGAAUGUCAGGCUUGGAGGUGGGGUUAGAAGCUUUCAGAAACGAGUUUGUGACCAUCAUCACCAACGCCAUCGACUCCUUGAGGGAGACCGUUCGAGGCCAGGUAGACGAAGUGAAGGAAGAAUUUGACGAGCUUCGAGGAGAGCUCAAUCUCGUCAAAAGAGCCGUGGCUAACGGACCUGCCGCGACUCAAUCUACUCCACGAGUUGAUGUUCCAAGGCCAAAGAACUUCGGUGGGUCGAGGAACGCGAGGGAAUUAGAGAAUUUCCUAUGGAGCCUUCAGCAAUAUUUCAAGGCCUCGGGCAUCAAUGACAAUGAAGUCAUGGUGCGCACCGCCUCCCUUUACUUGGUCGACACGGCCAUGGUGUGGUGGAGAAGGAGGCAAGGCGAUGUAGAGAGAGGCACAUGUGUGAUCGACACAUGGGAGGAUUUCCGUCGAGAAAUCAAGAAGCAGUUCUACCAGGAAAAUGUGGAAAUGGAGGCUCGUGCAAAGCUUCGACGACUCACCCACACCGGCGGAAUUCGUGAGUAUGUCAAGGAGUUCUCGGAAUUGCUACUCGAGAUCCCCGAUCUGCCGGACAAGGAGGCUUUGUUUGGCUUCCUUUUUGGAUUGCAGCCUUGGGCGAAGCUAGAGCUCGAGAGGCGUGGAGUGCAAGAUCUUGCUACUGCCUUAGCAACGGCAGAGGCUCUCACGGAGUACAAGAAGAAUGAGAGGCCGAACGAGUCGAAGAACUCGAAGAGCAAAGGAGGAGGAGAUCAUCGGCAACACUCCAAAGAAGGAAAAGGCUCGUACCAACAUGGAGGCUCGAGCAAGGGGGCAAGAUCUGGUAACUUUGACAAACCCAUGUCUUGUUUUCUUUGCAACGGUCCACAUAAGGUGCGAGAUUUCCCAAAGAAGAGCAAGCUAGCAGCCUUGGAGAAACAAGAAGGGGAGACCAAGGAGAAUGCUAGGGAAGACGAAGGGAAGAUAGGCUCCAUGCGGAGGCUAGGCGCGGCGAAGUCCGGCGCCAACGAAGUUAGCAAGGGGAGAUUCUUUGUGAUCACCCAAUUCGAGGGAGGCGAGUCAAAAGCAUUGGUUGACACCGGUGCGACCGACAACUUCCUUCGAGUGGAGGAGGCGGAGCGCUUGGGGAUCGCUUAUGAGAGAAGGCAAGGAUCGCUCAAGACCGUCAAUUCCGAGGCAAUACCCAUCCAUGGGGUUGCCAAAAACGUGCCUUUGAAGAUUGAAGGUUGGGAAUGUGCUGCCGACUUUAGCGUCAUCACUAUGGACGACCAUCCGGUCAUUCUUGGCGUCAACUUCAUGGAGAAAGAAGGUGCAGUGAUGGCAAUGAAGUCCAACACUCUUUGCCUUGACAAGGGAAACAAAUUUUGCGCGGUGAAGAUGUUGCGCGAAGAAGGGCCGAAGAGAGCUUUAUCGGCCAUGCAAUUGGUCAAGGGAAUGAAGAGGAUGGAACCCACGUUCCUUGUCACUUUGCGAGCGAAGGAAGAAGGAGGCUCGCUGGCGCCAACACCACUCAUCGAAGGCGUGUUGGAGGAGUUCGUGAAUGUGAUGCCAAAGGAACUACCAAAGAAGCUCCCACCAAGAAGAGAAGUCGAUCACAAGAUCGAGCUUGAGCAAGGGGCGACGCCACCAGCGAGAGCACCUUAUCGUAUGGCCCCUCCUGAGUUGGAGGAAUUGAGGAAGCAACUCAAGGAGUUGAUGGACGCUGGUUUCAUCCAAUCAUCAAAAUCCCCCUAUGGAGCACCCGUUUUGUUCCAGAAGAAGAAGGAUGGUUCGUUGCGAAUGUGCAUCGAUUAUCGAGCUAUUAACAAGCUCACGGUGAAGAACAAGUGGCCGAUCCCUAAUAUUGGCGACUUGUUUGAUCAACUCGGAGAAGCAAAGUGGUUCACGAAGCUUGAUCUUCGCUCGGGGUACUACCAAGUGAGGAUCGCCGAGGGGGACGAGGCAAAGACCGCUUGCGUCACGAGGUAUGGCUCAUACGAGUUCCUUGUUAUGCCUUUUGGACUAACCAACGCUCCUGCUACUUUUUGCACCUUGAUGAACCAAGUUUUCGAGCCGUUCUUGGAUCGCUUCGUUGUGGUGUACUUGGACGACAUCGUGGUGUACAGCAACACACUCGAUGAACAUGCCGAGCACUUGCGACAAGUGUUCCAAGUCCUUCGAGACAACGAGCUCUACGUCAAGAAGGAGAAGUGCACUUUUGCAGCCGCGGAGGUUCCUUUCCUCGGCCACAUCAUUGGCGGAGGCAAGCUAAAGAUGGACGAAGCCAAGGUGGAGGCGAUACAAGGAUGGGAGCCACCAACGAGGGUCACCGAGUUGCGAUCAUUCCUCGGCCUGGCCAACUAUUAUAGGAGAUUCAUCAAGGGAUACUCCGCUCUUGCAGCACCCUUAACGGAUCUUCUAAAGAAGAACAAGGCUUGGGAAUGGUCGGAUCGGUGCCGCGAAGCAUUUGAAGCCUUGAAGGAUGCGGUGACGAAGGAGCCGGUGUUAGCGCUUCCCGAUCCAACCAAGGCGUAUGAAGUGCAAACGGAUGCUUCCGAUUUUGCGAUCGGUGGAGUAUUGAUGCAAGAGGGGCACCCAAUUGCUUUUGAGAGCCGCAAGCUCAAUGAGGCCAAGAGAAGAUAUGCGGUGCAAGAGAAGGAGAUGACGGCGGUGGUCCAUUGUUUGAGAACGUGGAGGCAUUACUUGCUUGGGUCGAAGUUCGUUGUAAAGACGGACAAUGUGGCGACGAGUUACUUCCUCACACAGAAGAAGCUCACGCCCAAGCAAGCAAGGUGGCAAGACUUCCUCACGGAGUUCGACUUUGUGCUAGAGUACAAGCCGGGGAAAGCAAACUUUGUGGCCGAUGCUCUUAGCCGAAAGGCCGCACUUGCCGCCAUCAGCCAGCCGCAAUUCCCCUUGAAGGAGAGGAUUGAAGAAGGCCUUAGCCACGACCCCUUCGCCAAAAUCGUGGUCGAGUACAUCAACCAAGGGAAGACUCGACGGUUUUGGAUGAAAGGUGGGCUAAUCGUGACUAAGGGGGAGCGAGUGUUCGUGCCGCGGUGGGACAACCUACGAAGGGAGAUCAUGAAGGAGUGCCACGACUCCAAGUGGGUUGGUCAUCCCGGCAUUAAGCGCACACAAGCUCUCAUCGAGGAGGCUUACUAUUGGCCUCGUAUGAAGGACGACGUGGAACUCUACGUCAAGACUUGUCUUGUUUGCCAGCAAGACAAGAUGGAGCAGCAAAGUCCGGCGGGAUUGUUGGAGCCACUACUUACUCCACAACGGCCUUGGGAAAGCGUGAGCAUGGAUUUCAUAAUCGGCCUUCCCAAAGUCGAAGGGUGUGGUUCCAUCAUGGUCGUCGUCGACCGAUUUUCGAAGUAUGGCGUCUUCAUCGCGAGGCCCAAAGACAUGACGGCCGAGGAUGCAGCCCGCUUGUUUUUCAAGCAUGUUGUGAAGUAUUGGGGCAUCCCGGUUAGCAUCGUCAGCGAUAGAGAUGGCCGCUUCACCGGCAAGUUUUGGAGGGAGUUGUUCAAGAUGAUGGGCUCCGAUCUGAACUUCUCCACGAGCUUUCAUCCUCAAACGGAUGGGCAAACCGAGCGGGUCAACGCUUUGGUGGAGGUCUACUUGAGGCAUUAUGUGAGUGCCAACCAGAAGGAUUGGGUGAAGCUAUUGGAUGUAGCCCAAUUCUCCUACAACUUACAUCGAAGUGAAGCCACGAGCAUGAGUCCGUUCGAGUUGACUACCGGGCAACAGCCGUUGACACCUAAUACGGUGACGACGGGGUACAAGGGCAACAGCCCUUCUGCCUACAAGUUUGCACGAGGGUGGCAGGAGAAGAUGGAGUUGGCGAAGUCUUAUCUCGCUCGAGCAAAGAAGAAGAUGAAGAAGUGGGCGGAUAAGAAGCAGCGUCACUUGGAAUUCGAGGAGGGAGACUUGGUAAUGGUGAAGUUCUGCCCUCAUCGAUUCAAGCACCUCAAAAAUGUGCACAAGGGGCUGCUGCGACGAUAUGAAGGGCCAUAUCCGAUCUUGAAGCGGAUUGGCACGGUGGCGUACAAAGUCAAGUUGCCAUCGCACUUGGAGAUUCACCCCGUCUUCCAUGUGAGUCAAUUGAAGGCAUAUCAUGAAGACAAGGAAGACGGGGUGCGGAAGGAGUCGACGAGGGCACCAACUCUCGUCACCACAACACAUGAGCACGAAGUGGAGGAGAUCUUGGCUCAUCGUGUUGUGCCUAGGCGUGGUGUUCACCCAAGCUACGCGGAAUAUCUUGUCAAGUGGAAGGGGCGGCCAGAAAGCGACAUCCCAUGGGAGAAGGAGCUUUCGCUAUGGCGUCACAAAGACUUGAUCGAGGCAUUUCAUGCGAAGUCCGCGACGAGGGCGUCGCGAGAUUGAGUGGGGGAGAAUGUUACGGAGAAGAUUCUAGA